AGGACCAAUCCCCAACUAAAUCAUCAUCAACAGUGGUGGUUGCAAAAUCCCUACUUCUUUAUUGUUUUGUCUUUAUGGUCCCCACUUCUCUAUUGUCUGUAUGAUCUCUGUCUGGUUCUUUGAUUGUUUCUUUCUGUUACAUAACUAAUUUUGCUAGGUAUAAAUCAACUAUGGCAGUGGGGUAUCAUUGGUUAAAGAAUUGUUUUACAAUAUGUUAGGAUUGGUUAGAAAUUUGUUUAGUAAUAUUUAAUAAAAUGAUUGGUUAAGAUAUAGCUAAGCAGGACUCAAAUUUCACUGUAUAAACUGAGGUCCAAAAGGAAGUUCUUUGGAACCAACUCCAGGGCACAGCCCCAGGAUCAGAGCUGCCAGACCUCAACAUCCUGCCAAUCACACUAUGCAGAAGCUGGAGUCCCCGGAUGACCUGAUCCUGACUGGCCAGCAGGAAAAGUUCAUCCGCCUUAUUGGGAGUGCCAGGGCUCAGCCCCGCCGAGCCGCCCGCCCGGCCAUGCGAGGCACCGGCCGCAGCCGACUUAGCCGGGCCCCCCCAGCCCCGGGCUUCCCCGCUCCGGCUGGCCCUCGGGCGUCUGCCCGCAAGUCAUUUUCUGCCCAAGAGAAAUUGUAUGCCCUGGAUCAACUAAAGAAGGGCAAACAACAAACUCAGCUUGCUAGAGAUCUGGGAAUUAGCGAGUCCACUCUGCGAGGGUGGAAAAAAGAAGAAAAGCUCUGUAGCCUACCCUGCAUUCUUGAAGAGGAAACUGGUUUACAGUGUAAAAAGGUCAAGUUUGCUAAUGACGAAAGCCUAGAUUCAGCCUUGUACCAAUGGUUUGUCCAGGCUCGCUCAGAAGGAGUUCCCGUUUCUGGCCCUAUUCUGAAAGUUCAAGCGAGAAAUUCAGUCGCCUUAUCAAUGGAAAUGAAGCCAAAUUUAAGGCGAGUAAUGGCUGGCUGGACAGAUUUAAGAACUAUAAGCCAAGUUCUUGUGUCUGGGGAAAUCCAUUCAGCUGAUAAAGAGUCUGCUGAUUCCUACCCAGUUGAGCUUAAAAUGUUGCUGGAGGAAGGUUGCUACACAGCCGAUCAAGUUUACAACUGUGAUGAGACUGGUUUAUACUUUAAAAUAUUACCCGAUCGCACCCUCGCAACCAGGACUGAUAGUCACAAAUGAGAAGGCUUUAAGCAGAGGAAGGACCGAGUCACUCUCUUUGUGGCUGCCAGACUUGUUGAUGCAAAACAAGUCAGAUCUCUGAUGAUCGGAAAAGCGAGGUCUCCCAGAUGUUUUCAUCAUGUUAAUAGGAAGGCCCUUCCCUUUGAAUAUACCAACAGCAAGAAUGCAUGGAUGAAUAGCUCCAUAUUUGAAGACUGGUUCCAUAAAACUUUCGUGCCAGCCAUUUGGGCUCCUUUGCAAAAACUCAAGCAAGAGGAAAAAGCUCUCCUCCUGCUGGAUAAUUGCCCUGCUCACCCCACAGCAGAAAAUCUUGUCAGUUGUGAUGGCAAGAUUAAAAUCUCAUCUCCCAAAGAACUCUACAUCAGAAAUCCAACCACUGGACUAAGGCAUCAUAUUGGUAUUUAAGCAAAACUAUCAUAGUGAAAUGAUUAAGUGGAUGGUAGCGGAUAACAGCUCCUCCACCGACACAUCACUGGCGUCACUCAACUUGAAAGAAGUCUGUCACCUUGGCGGGAAAGCCUGGGAUGCUAUCUCUGCACGUUGCAUUGAAUGAUGCUGGAUAAAGGGUCUUGGUCCAGUUUUUCUGUCAUCUACACACGAUGACGGUAAUGACAACGAGCUUGAAUUUACAAGAUUCAUUGAAGACAACGUAUGUUUAGCCCAAGAAGCACUCAGAGAAUAUGAGCACAGUCAUCAUGAUAUCUUCAGCUGGUUUUCAGCAGAUGACAUCUGCCCCAUAUAUGAACACAUCUCAGAUGACGAAAUUGUUGCAAAUGUCAGUGGGAAGAAUGAAGGUGCACCACCAGAGCCCAAAACCAGUGGCGCUAAUGACAAUGAUGAGGAUGAUGGCACCUCAACUCCCCCACUAAAAGUGUCCAAGGUAGUAGAGCACUUAGAAGCUAGUUUGAGGUGCUGGAAACUCAAGACGUGGACAGCGUCAAAAUCCUCCAACUCAGAAGCAUUCUUGACUUUGCUAGAAGCCAACAGCAAAUAAGCAGACCACACUAGAUAGCUGCUUUUUUUUUUAAGAAGUGAUGAAAUUUAAAAUUAUGGAGUCAUGCAACCAGAUUGACUUUGCACUCUGCGCAAUGAUUAGUAUAGUCCAUUUCACAUGU